CCCGGUCCCAUUGUCCUGAUGCCCAGCGCCAACCAAAGCCGCAAGAGUCAGGAGAAGCCGCGGGAGAUCAUGGAUGCCGCGGAAGAUUAUGCUAAAGAAAGAUAUGGAGUAUCUUCAAUGAUACAAUCACAAGAAAAACCAGAUCGAGUUUUGGUUCGGGUUAGUGACUUGACAGUACACAAAGCUGAUGAAGUUGUUUGGGUGCCUGCAAGGGUUCAUAUAAGUAGAGCUAAAGGGAAGCGGUGUUUCUUAGUCCUACGUCAGCAGCAGUUUAAUGUCCAGGCACUCGUGGCGGUGGGAGACCAUGCAAGUAAGCAGGUGGUUAAAUUUGCUGCCAACAUUAACAAAGAGAGCAUCGUAGAUGUAGAAGGUGUAGUGAGAAAAGUGAAUCAGAAAAUUGGAAGCUGUACACAAGACGUAGAAUUACAUGUUCAAAAGAUUUAUGUGAUCAGUUUGGCUGAACCCUGCCUGCCCCUGCAGCUGGAUGAUGCUAUCCGGCCUGAGAUGGAAGGAGAAGAGGAAGGAAGAGCUACUGUUAACCAGGAUACAAGAUUAGACAACAGAGUCAUUGAUCUUAGGACAUCAACUAGUCAGGCAGUCUUCCGUCUCCAGUCUGGCAUCUGCCAUCUUUUCCGAGAAACUUUAAUUCACAAGGGUUUUAUGGAGAUCCAAACUCCUAAAAUUAUCUCAGCUGCCAGUGAAGGAGGAGCCAAUGUAUUUACUGUGUCAUAUUUUAAAAAUAAUGCAUACCUGGCCCAGUCCCCACAGCUGUACAAGAAAAUGUGUAUUUGUGCUGAUUUUGAGAAGGUUUUCUGUAUUGGACCAGUAUUCAGAGCUGAAGACUCAAAUACCAGAUAUCUAACUGAAUUUGUUGGUUUGGGCAUUGAAAUGGCUUUUAAUUACCAUUACCAUGAAGUUGUGGAAGAAAUUGCUGACACCUUAGUACAAAUAUUCAAAGGACUCCAAAAAAGGUUUCAAACUGAAAUUCAGACAGUGAAUAAACAAUUCCCGUGUGAGCCAUUCAAAUUUUUGGAGCCAACUUUAAGACUCGAGUAUUGUGAAGCAUUGGCUGUGCUUAGGGAAGCUGGAAUCAAAAUGGGAGAUGAAGAAGAUCUGAGUACACCAAAUGAAAAACUCUUGGGUCGUUUGGUAAAGGAAAAGUAUGAUACAGACUUUUAUAUUCUUGAUAAAUAUCCAUUGGCUGUAAGACCUUUCUAUACCAUGCCUGACCCAAGAAAUCCUAAACAGUCCAACUCUUAUGAUAUGUUCAUGAGAGGAGAAGAAAUACUAUCAGGAGCUCAAAGAAUACAUGAUCCUCAGCUGCUAACAGAGCGAGCCUUACAUCAUGGAAUUGAUUUGGAGAAAAUUAAGGCAUACAUUGAUUCCUUCCGCUUUGGAGCCCCUCCUCAUGCUGGCGGAGGCAUUGGGUUGGAACGAGUGACGAUGCUUUUUUUGGGAUUGCACAAUGUUCGUCAGACCUCAAUGUUUCCCCGUGAUCCCAAACGACUCACUCCUUAA